AACGGUUUGCAAAUCUCGACUUGCUGGCAAUUCCUCUCAUUUUCCAUCGUCCUCCCUGAUCUACUUUGUGAUGGGAGCAGGACAAGAGCCAACAAAGAGGAAGAGACGACAGGGGUCUGCAGAGCGCGGGGCUGUGGUCCGGGGAAGGAGGAGAUCUGGGAUGGAUGAUGGGCGUCGGUGCCCGGGAGCGGCCCGGGGGGCGGGAGGCGGUGCCGAGCUCACAUUGGCCCAGCGGGCGCCCCUCCUCGCGGGGCCGGCCCAGCGCCCAGUGAAAGUGAUAUCUCCCUGGGGCCAAGAGCUGAGGCGACUGAGGAAACAUGGCUGAGUUUACGCGGCUGCAGAACUGCCUGGCGCUGAUCCGCCUACGAAACCCGCCUGUCAACGCGCUCAGUCAGACUGUUCUCCGUGGAAUAAAAGAGGGUCUGCAGAAAGCUCUAACAGACCAUACAGUAAAAGCCAUUGUGAUUUGUGGAGCAGAUGGCAUCUUCUCUGCAGGUGCUGAUAUCCGUGGCUUCAGUGCUGAUAUGACCUUUGACUUGACACUGGGAAGUGUAGUAGAUGAAAUACAGAGAAACAAGAAGCCUGUGGUGGCAGCUAUCCAAAGGGUGGCUUUAGGAGGGGGACUGGAGCUGGCCCUGGGCUGUCACUAUAGGAUUGCCCAUGCAGAGGCUCAAGUUGGCUUCCCAGAAGUCACACUAGGAAUCCUUCCUGGUGCAAGAGGAACCCAGCUUCUCCCCAGACUUAUUGGAGUUCCUGCUGCACUUGACUUAAUUACGUCAGGAAGACAUAUUUCGGCAAAUGAAGCUCUUAAGCUGGGUAUUCUAGAUAAAAUUGUGAACUCAGAUCCGGUUGAAGAAGCAAUCAAAUUUGCCCAGAGAGUUUCAGAUCAAUCUCUAGAAUCCCGUAGAAUCUACAACAAGCCAAUCCAGAGCUUGUCCAACAUGGACACCAUUUUCAGUGAAGCCCUUCUGAAGAUGCGGAAGCAGCACCCUGGGUGCCUUUCUCAGGAGACUUCCAUCCGUGCAGUCCAGGCCGCUGUCCAGUAUCCCUAUGAGGUGGGCAUCAAGAAGGAGAAGGAGCUGUAUGUGUACCUUCAGAGAUCAGGGCAGGCUAGAGCCCUGCAAUAUUCUUUCUUGGCGGAGAGGACCACACAUAAGUGGUCCACUCCCUCUGGAGCAUCCUGGAAAACAGCACUGGCACGGCCCAUCUCCUCUGUUGGCAUUCUCGGCUUGGGAACAAUGGGCCGAGGCAUUGCCAUAUCUUUUGCAAUGGCCAAAAUCCCUGUGAUUGCCGUAGAAUCAGACAAGAAGCAGCUAGAGACUGCAAACAAGAUAAUAACCUCCAUCUUACAAAAGGAAGUGUCCAAAAUGCAGCAGAGUGGCCACCCUUGGUCAGGACCAAAACCCAGGUUAACUACAUCUAUGAAAGAGCUUAGUGGUGUAGAUUUAGUCAUUGAAGCAGUAUUUGAGGAAAGGAACCUGAAGAAACAGGUCUUUGCUGAACUGUCAGCCGUGUGCAAGCCAGAAGCAUUUUUGUGCACCAAUACUUCAGCCCUGGACAUUGAUGAGAUUGCUUCUUCCAGUGAUCGUCCUCACUUGGUCAUUGGCACCCACUUCUUCUCACCAGCUCACGUCAUGAAGUUGUUAGAGGUUAUUCCCAGCCGAUACUCUUCCCCCACUACCAUUGCCACUAUUAUGAAUUUAUCAAAAAAGAUUAAAAAAAUUGGAGUAGUUGUAGGCAAUUGUUUUGGAUUUGUUGGGAAUCGAAUGUUGAAGCCUUAUUAUAAUCAGACAUAUUUCUUAUUGGAAGAAGGCAGUAAACCAGAGGAGAUAGAUCAGGUGCUGGAAGAGUUUGGUUUCAAAAUGGGACCUUUUAGAGUGUCUGAUCUUGCUGGGUUGGAUGUAGGUUGGAAAUCCCGAAAAGGGCAAGGUCUUACUGGACCUACAUUGCCUCCAGGAACUCCUUCCCGAAAGCGAGGCAGCUGGAGAUAUUGCCCAAUUCCUGAUAUGCUCUGUGAAUCAGGACGAUUUGGCCAGAAGACAGGUGAGGGUUGGUACCUUUAUGAUAAGCCGUUGGGUAGGAUUCACAAACCUAAUCCCUGGCUUUCCAAAUUUCUGACACAGUACAGAGAAACCUAUCACAUUGAACCACGUAUCAUUAGCCAGGAUGAGAUCCUCGAGCGCUGCUUAUAUUCACUCAUCAAUGAAGCAUUCCGCAUCUUGGGAGAAGGGAUAGCGGCUACCCCAGAGCACAUUGAUGUUGUCUAUUUAAACGGGUAUGGAUGGCCAAGGCACAGGGGUGGGCCCAUGUUCUAUGCUUCCACAGUUGGGUUGCCCACAGUGGUAGAGAAGUUGCAGAAAUAUCACAGGCAGAAUCCUGAUAUUCCCCAACUGGAGCCUUGUGACUAUCUGAAAAAACUGGCUUCCCAGGGAAACCCUCCUCUGAAAGAGUGGCAAAGCUUGGCAGGACCCCCCAGCAGUAAAUUGUGAUUCAGCCUUUCAGGUUUUGCCUCACACGCUGGCAUCAGGUAAUGCUCACUGAAUUUCAGUGAAACUAAAUC